AUGCGACGUGAACACGAGGUGCGGUUUCUUCUGAGCGCGUGCACAUUUGGAGCUCCGCCGAUUUUGACGGCUGCCAGAAACGGACAUGCUGAUAUCGUGGAAUAUUUGAUAUCAAAGAAUGCCGAUAUCGAACAACGAGAAGGAGCGACCGCGCUGUGGUGUGCAGCGGCGGCUGGUCAUUUCGACGUCGUUAAGCUCCUGGUCAAAAAUGGUGCCGAUGUCAAUCGUCCAUCGGGGACCAACAGUACGCCACUGAGAGCGGCCUGUUUUGAUGGCUACUUGGAAAUAGUCCGAUUCUUGGUUGAGCACGGUGCGGAUGUCGAAAUUGCCAAUAGACACGGUCACACCAGCUUAAUGAUCGCCUGUUACCGUGGCCAUGUGAAGGUUGCAGAAUAUCUCAUAUCCGUUGGUGCUAAUGUCAAUCAGAAAAGUUUGAAAGGGAACACUGCUUUGCACGAUGGUGCUGAGUGUGGCAACGUAGAGAUCGUAAAACUUCUUUUG